CAAAUUAAUUAAUAAAUUAAAAGAAAAAAAAAAGAAUGUAGCCAGAAUAGUGGCCCCUGCACCCCUCCGUCCUCCCUGCCACAUCGCUCUGCUCUACACUGUCAUUGUCAUUGUCACGCGAGAUCAGAAGAGCCUGGAGACCCAGCUUCAGGGUGGAAGGGAGUCAGGCUCGGGCAAGAGGCCAAGCGCAGGUCAGGAGAGCCACAUCCGGGGACACGCUGGCUCACCAGGCCCCCUCCCGGGAACUCGGGGACCUGCCUGCCCCACAGCCUCGCAGAGGUUCUACAGAGGGAGGAGGGAGAAAACCCACCCCUGUCCCUGCCGUGACAGCUUUCACUGGCUGUGUUGUUCCUGCUUCGGCCUCAGAGCAGGGGCCUCAGUUUCCCGUACCCCCUUGGGGGCAGCGAGGCUGGGCUGUGUCCCAUCAAAGACUGUGCUGAUUUAGGGUCUGCACUUGGGCCACUCCCUUCCUUUCCUGGCAGCUCUCUCGGGGACUGACACAGACGCCGAGGUUGGAAUGAUGUGCAGACUCAACUUGGGUCUCUCCUCAGGGUCCCUGAGCCCGCGAGGCAGCCUGUGCCCGCAGCCACAGCUGCUCCAAGCAUGGCGUCACCUCCCGCCCCAUGCAGCACUGUCCAUCUCCCAGUGGAUUUCCCCUCACUGCAACUUCUGGUUUCCGUGGCAACUUGGAAAGACCUGCAGUUGUGGCUUUUGGAAGUCUAAAAUGAGAGCAGAGGUUUGAGAUAGGGUGGGACAGCACUGAAAAUACCUGUCCCACCCAGGGAUUUGGGCCCAGAGGGUUACAGGAUGGGAGGUUCUUUGAAUUAGAAAAAUGGCACUGUCAUCCCAGCACACCCUUAGCAGAGCUCCACGUGGCCCCUUGCAGCCUCCUGGGAUCUUGGAUCCUGAGCUCAGGGUCUUCAGCCUGCGCCUAGGGGGCAGCGGAGGCAGGUGGAGUGAUCACAGCACUUAGCGUUGGCUGAGCCCUUACUGUGGGCCAGGCGCCUGGUGGCCGUCUGUGCUUUCACUGCCUCGUUAAUCCUCUGAGCCACUCAUCCCACCUUCUACACGAGCGCUUCGCGAGGCUGCUUUGCAAGGCUGCAGCGCCAGCGCAGGUGAGUGUCCGGUGUGCUUAACUCCGGGGCUCCCUCUCAUCUGGAACACGGGCUUGUGUCCCUGGAGGAGCAUCUCUGUCACCUGUUGAUGGCGGGCCCAUUGCUUCCCCUUUACUUUUUUUUAAAGUCACAUCCCACUAAUAGCAGGGUUUGCUUUAGUCGUUGCCAGGAUUUCGGUGCCCUUAAGCGCGUGUCUCCCUUCUCAGUUCUCCUCCCGUGAGGUCGCCGUUCCAGGCCCCACGUUCUGCGGUGGAGUCACCUUGAGUGUUCGGUUGGGUGUCUGAGGGAGCAGCUCUUCCAUCCCCCUAGUUUGGGGUCUUGGAGGUGCCUGAGCCAGGGAGGUGGGCAGCCACACAGAGAUGCGCCGGUUCCCAGGACUCAGUGAAGAACCGCAGGGGAGCGGCCCCAGGUUUGGGGAGCCAGCAAGGAAGGUGCACUGGCCCAGUGGAGAAGCGUCUCCCGCCUGGGCUGCUGUGGGGCAUCCGGUGCCCGGCAGGGGGAGGGGCUUUGUCAUGGAGGGAUGGGUCAGUGCUUGCUGCGCGGUUGGCCAGGCUCCAGAAGCCGGCGUCCCGAGAGUCCAGAGUCGGUUACUCAGCAGCUUGCAGUCCUCUGCGGGGCAGUCGAUAACGAGCAGGCUGUGACUGGCGGGGCAGGAUGGCCCAGAUUAGAAGGUGGUGAGGCUGAUAGCGGCUUCAGGGUGACCCUCGGCCCAGUGUCACACUCCUCCUGCAACCCACCCUGCUCAGCACUCGGCAGCAGGGGUGCAGGGCAGGCAGAAGCUGGAAAAAGGAUUCCACUCACAGCAAAAUGUUUGGCUCUCUGCAGAAUGGGCUGUUAAAUCCUUCAUUUACAAUGAGGCCUUACGUGGUUUGUCACGUAGCCACUUUUCAGCGUGACCAGAGUUACCGCUGUUGAAACUAGAGGACCGCUCCGUGGUGCCCCGGGAUGUGGUCCGGCACAUGCGCUCCACUGACAGCCAGUGUGGCACGGUGAUCGACGUGAACAUCGACUGCGCCGUGAAGCUCAUUGGCACCAACUGCAUCGUCUACCCCGUCAACAGCAAGGACCUGCAGCACAUCUGGCCCUUCAUGUAUGGGGACUACAUCGCCUAUGACUGCUGGCUGGGGAAGGUCUACGACCUGAAGAACCAGAUCAUCCUCAAGCUGUCCAACGGCGCCAGGUGCUCCAUGAACACAGAGGAUGGUGCCAAGCUCUACGAUGUCUGCCCGCACGUCAGCGACUCUGGUCUCUUCUUUGAUGAUUCCUACGGCUUCUACCCAGGCCAGGUGCUCAUUGGCCCUGCCAAGAUCUUCUCCAGUGUCCAGUGGCUGUCAGGGGUCAAGCCCGUGCUCAGCACGAAGAGCAAGUUCCGCGUGUUGGUCGAAGAGGUGCAGGUUGUGGAGCUGAAGGUCACGUGGAUUACCAAGAGCUUCUGUCCAGGGGGCACGGACAGCGUCAGCCCCCCGCCCUCUGUCAUCACCCAGGAAAACCUAGGCAGGGUGAAGCGUCUUGGAUGCUUUGACCAUGCUCAGCGGCAGCUCGGGGAGCGCUGUCUGUAUGUCUUCCCAGCCAAGGUAGAGCCGGCCAGGAUUGCCUGUGAAUGUCCAGAAAAACACUGCGCCCAGGGGGAGGGCUCUGUGGCCAAGAAGGUGAAGCGCCUCCUGAAGAAGCAGGUUGUGAGGAUCAUGUCCUGCUCCCCGGACUCCCGGUGCUCCAGGGACCAUUCCGUGGAGGACACAGGCAAGAAGGGGGCGGCCAAAGCCAAGAGCGAGGCAGGGUCCGCCAGCCCCGAGGGGACGCCCGAUGGGUCUGCCAGCCCCGUGGAGAUGCAGGACGAGGGCCCCGAAGAGGCCCACGAGGGGGGCGAGCAGCUGCCCCCCUUCCUGCUGAAGGAGGGCGGGGACGACCGGCUGCACUCGGCCGAGCAGGACGCCGAUGACGAGGCCGCCGACGACACAGACGACAGCAGCUCGGUGACCUCCUCCGCCAGCUCCACCACCUCCUCCCAGAGCGGCAGCGGCGCAGGUCGCAAGAAGAGCAUCCCCUUGUCCAUCAAGAACUUAAAGCGGAAACACAAGAGGAAGAAGAAUAAGAUCAGUCGGGACUUCAAGCCGGGGGACAGGGUGGCGGUGGAGGUGGUGACCACGAUGACCUCAGCAGACGUGAUGUGGCAGGACGGCUCCGUGGAGUGCAACGUCCGCUCCAACGACCUCUUCCCUGUGCACCACCUGGACAACAAUGAGUUCUGCCCUGGAGACUUCGUGGUGGACAAGCGAGUCCAGAGCUGUCCGGACCCUGCUGUCUACGGCGUGGUGCAGUCUGGGGACCACGUGGGCCGCACCUGCAUGGUGAAGUGGUUCAAGCUGCGGCCGAGUGGGGACGACGUGGAGCUGAUUGGAGAGGAGGAAGAUGUGAGCGUCUACGACAUUGCCGAUCACCCUGACUUUCGGUUCCGCACGACCGAUAUUGUUAUCCGAAUUGGCAACACUGAGGAUGGAGGGCCUCACAGGGAGGAUGAGCCGUCGGUCGGCCAGGUCGCCCGCGUGGACGUCAGCAGCAAGGUGGAGGUGGUGUGGGCUGAUAACUCAAAGACCAUCAUCCUGCCCCAGCACCUGUACAACAUCGAGUCUGAGAUCGAGGAGUCAGACUAUGACUCGGUGGAAGGCAGCACCAGUGGGGCGUCCUCGGAUGAGUGGGAGGAUGACAGUGACAGCUGGGAGACGGACAAUGGGCUGGUGGAGGACGAGCACCCCAAGAUAGAGGAGCCCCCCAUCCCAGCCACCGAGCAGCCAGCGGCCCCCGAGGAGGACAAGGGAGUGGUGAUCAGCGAGGAGGCUGCCACGGCCGCCAUCCAGGGAGCCGUGGCCAUGGCCACCCCUGUGGCUGGGCUGAUGGAGAAGGCGGGCAAGGAUGGGCCCCCGAAGAGCUUCCGGGAGUUGAAAGAGGCCAUCAAGAUCCUGGAGAGCCUCAAGAACAUGACCGUGGAGCAGCUUCUGACGGGCUCGCCCACCUCCCCCACGGCGGAGCCGGAGAAGCCGACGCGGGAGAAGAAGUUUCUGGACGACAUCAAGAAGCUGCAGGAAAACCUCAAGAAGACCCUGGACAACGUGGCCAUCGCAGAGGAGGAGAAGAUGGAGGCGGUGCCAGACACUGAGCGCAAGGAGGACAAGCCCGAGGGGCAGUCGCCUGUGAAGGCCGAGUGGCCCAGCGAGACCCCGGUGCUCUGCCAGCAGUGCGGCGGCAAGCCCGGGGUCACCUUCACCAGUGCCAAGGGCGAGGUCUUCUCGGUGCUGGAGUUCGCGCCCUCAAAUCACUCUUUUAAGAAAAUUGAGUUCCAGCCUCCAGAAGCCAAGAAGUUCUUCAGCACGGUGCGGAAGGAGAUGGCCCUGCUGGCCACCUCGCUGCCCGACGGCAUCAUGGUCAAGACCUUCGAGGACAGAAUGGACCUCUUCUCGGCCCUGAUCAAGGGCCCCACUCGCACCCCCUACGAGGACGGCCUCUACCUGUUUGACAUCCAGCUCCCCAACAUCUACCCAGCCGUGCCCCCCCACUUCUGCUACCUCUCCCAGUGCAGUGGCCGUCUGAACCCCAACCUGUAUGACAAUGGGAAGGUGUGCGUCAGCCUCCUGGGCACCUGGAUUGGAAAGGGGACAGAGAGGUGGACGAGCAAAUCCAGCCUUCUCCAGGUGCUCAUCUCCAUCCAAGGUCUAAUCCUGGUGAAUGAACCGUACUACAACGAAGCCGGCUUUGACAGCGACCGCGGCCUACAGGAGGGCUAUGAGAACAGUCGCUGCUACAACGAGAUGGCGCUCAUCCGCGUGGUGCAGUCCAUGACCCAGCUGGUGCGGCGGCCGCCCGAGGUCUUCGAGCAGGAGAUCCGGCAGCACUUCGGUACUGGCGGCUGGCGGCUGGUGAACCGCAUUGAGUCCUGGCUGGAAACCCACGCCCUGCUGGAGAGGGCCCAAGCGCUGCCCAACGGGCUUCCCAAGGACAGUAGCUCGCCAGAGCCGCCAGCUGUGGCCGAGCUCUCAGACUACGGCCGAGAAGAACCUGAGGACGGAGGGCUGGCCCCUGGAGAGGCCUCCCAGGGCUCAGACUCGGAGGGCGGCGCGCAGGGCCCGGCCUCAGCCAGCAGGGACCGCACAGACCAGACUUCGGAGGCAGCGCCUGACGCCUCAGUGCCACCCAGUGUCAAACCAAAGAAGCGGAGAAAGAGCUACCGGAGCUUCUUGCCUGAGAAGAGUGGCUACCCUGACAUCGGCUUCCCCCUUUUCCCGCUGUCUAAGGGUUUCAUCAAGAGCAUCCGGGGGGUCCUGACGCAGUUCCGGGCCGCUCUGAUGGAGGCGGGCAUGCCCGAGAGCCUGGAGGACAAGUAGUCAGCCAGCCCUGGAGGAAGGAGCGCCGCCCGCGGGGAGAGGCCAGCUGCUGCCUGCUCACUCCCUCCCCUGGAACCUCCCCUCUUCCCUUUCCUCCUCCGUCCCCAGUGCAAGCCCCGCCCAUUGCCCUUUUCUUCCCAAGGUGAGUUUUAUGCUGAAGUGCAGGAAGUUUCUUGAGAUGCUGCCAUUUCUGUUCCCAAGCAAUCUUCCAGCAAGCGGGGUCCGCGUGGCAAAGAAAAUCUGAACCCUGUUGCUGAUUUUCCACUUGUCACCCCAGGCAGGGUGUCCCAGCACUUCCUCCCUCGCCAUCUCCACCUCAGGUCGGAGGUGGGCCUUUCGUGGGGGCUGACGCGGGAGAACUCGGGGCCCAGGUGUGUGCGGACCCGCGGGGCCGGACCCGUGGGACGAGUGGAUGUGCCUUGCAUGAAGUGUGGGUUGCUCCAGCGGUGCCCCGGUCCCCUUUGUCCUCUUCAGUCCCACUGUAGCUUCCUAGUGUCCCAGGCCCUCCUGCUGCCACCACCAACCGCCUCCUCCCUCGUGUCCCAGCGCCAACACUCUCCCUUGGGAGUUGUAGCUGCCGUCACAGACUCCUGGCUCUGCUCUGGCCCAUUUGCACAGGAGAGCCUUCGGGCCUGUUGAACUCGCUCUCUAAGAGAGGUUGGGACCAGGCUGGGUUCGGGGUGACCCCCAGGAGAGGUGGUGGCCCUCACACGCUGACAUGGAGUGAGGACCAGGGAGCUGCUGGGAAGGAAACAGCUGUAGGUGCCUUGCUCUUCCUGUCCCACGGGGCCUUGCGCAUCUGCUCCCCCGCUCAGCCCCAUCCCAGGGCCCCCGGAGGCCGCAGCACAGACAAGGCCAGGGCAAGUGCGAGGGCCCCUCCUGUAGACUGUGCCCCUCCCACUAUCAAAUGCUAACGCUGGGAGGCGGCACAUAGCUCCCUGAACACAGCGAGCCAGCCCUCUCUCCCGGAGGAUGAGAGCGAGGCCUGUCAGCCCUUCACUUACAAGCUGCAGGCUCAAUGCGGGAGAGAGGCGGCCCGCAGGCUCCUCCCUCGCAGAGACGGGCCCAGAGGUUUACAAGUUUUCUAAGCGUUUGAUAAUGUGAAGCUCCAGUUGAGUAGGAUGCUGUUGAGCACAUCGCAGCUGUGUAAUUUUGGUGUAUGUAUGUAAUAUUUAAGAUUGAAAGAAAAUAAAUCUCAAAAGCAAAGAUAUUAACUCUUACUAGAAAAAAAAGACAAAAUAAGAAGCCAAAGCAUGAUGCGUCUUGUCCGCCUUACGCUGGCUCCACACCUGCGCUGCCGCAACCGCGCGGGCGGCCGGCAGCAGCGCGGGGAAGGGCGGGGCCGGAGCCGGUGUCUUGUUCGAGGAUCACCCGGGGUGACUGCCGCCGGGGCUGCGCUUCCCCGGUGCGUUGUUCAUGUGGAGAUGUGAAUGCCUACUGCUUAAGAUACCUGUAUAAAGUGCGGUGUGAUUAAACUUUUUUUUUACUUGCAUUUUUUUUUUGUUUGGCUCAUUACAAUGUACAAAAAAGACAAGGUGGCACCAUUAAACCUGCCUCUGCCAUC